AUGCCUAAGAAUUCUAAAACCGUCACACAAAAAAUGAGUCACCAACUUGUAACCAACAAAGAGGUACACAAUUUGUCAAUGAACAACGAUAAUAAUAAGCUGAUCAUAAAUUCGGUGCGCAGCAUGAACUACCUGGGAAGCGACAACCGACAACUUCCGGCCAAGAAAAGACAAAUCAUGUACGACGAAUUUCCAAACUCCGAAAGGCAGCAUAUACAAGACAUUAAUAAGAUUUCGAUCGCCAAAACCGAUGGCAUCGAAGAUAAUUACGGUAACGACGACAAUUUCCACUUCUUGAUGAGUCUGUUGCCGUACCUGCGCGAAGUACCGAGAAACAGAAAAAUGGCGAUCCGAAAUAAAUUACAGAGAGUGUUUGCCGAAGAACAGGACGUAGCGAAUAACAUUUACAGUAACAAUGCGAAAAACGAUAACAAUAAUGGCAAUAAUAUUAAUAAUAAUUUUUAUUUACCGCGUCCCCCUUUGUACACUAGUGGAGUUGAGGAACAGCAGCAGCUGCAGCUGCCGACUCUGAAACCUCCGCCGCCAUAUCCCUACGCGAACGUGCAACCCGUACCCGGUGUAGACGUCUCCAACAACUUCGCUGCGUCGACGGCAUUGCCAAACCCUGCGAUCGCGUCUGCGCCCUAUGGCGACAUGAACUUUAUGCAGCCGAAUUUGGAAUACGCGAACAAUUUGACCGGACAACAGCAACUGCAGCAAUACAUCAAUAACGCCGCCAGCGACAACAACUGUUACGGCCAAAACACCAACGCGAUCGACAAUACUUCUUUUCUUUUUCAGCCGGAAAAGCCAACAUUUACAUACUUGCAAUGA